GUAGUCCAAAACACUGAUUUGACCGUUCUAGUUUUUUAACAUCUAGUCUAGAAAAUACCAGAAACAGUUCCUUGUGCAGAAGACACGGAAAUACGACCCAGCUUUUCAUCUGAGGUCCUGUUUCUAUAUACGCAACCCGCGACUCUGCAGCUUAUCACUUGUCUUUCGCAAUCGUCUCUGAAAACGUUUGCUACGUGAAAAGACGACGCAGCUGAGGCUGUGGUGAGUUAUAAAAGGAACAGACCAGCCCCCAGCGUGCAAAACAAUGUGUGCAAGACUUUGCAGGGCAGACUGACUUCUUCAACACAGCUACAUUCAAUAACAACGUGGGAUUUUUCAGUCAUAUAAGUGUUUCAUCUGAAUGAGUGAGUAACUCGGCGUCUGACAUUUGUUUUUGAGAUCUGUGAAGGACGCACAUAAACACACGCAUGGCCCACCAUGCGCACGACCGUCAGAGCCGCCUGCCUGUGGCCCAGGCCGCGGUGCUGGCUCUGUCGCCGACCCCCAGCCAAGCACAGGACAUACGGCCCAAGUCUAGCGCUCUGGAGUCCCUGCUGUGUGGUGCGUUUGCUGGAGCUGUAGCUAAAACGGUCAUUGCUCCUCUGGACCGGACCAAGAUCAUCUUCCAAGUGACACCAUUGAGAUUCUCCGCCAAAGAGGCCUUCAGGCAGAUCUACUGUACUUACAUGAAAGAUGGACUGAUCAGCCUGUGGAGGGGGAACUCUGCUACCAUGGUCCGGGUCAUGCCCUAUGCUGCAAUCCAGUUCUUCUCCCACGAACAGUACAAAAAAGUGCUGGGAAGCCACUAUGGCUACCAAGGAAAAGCUCUGCCUCCUCUUCCACGUUUCCUGGCUGGCUCUCUGGCUGGCACAUCUGCAGCAAUGCUGACCUACCCUCUGGAUCUGGUACGAGCCAGGAUGGCUGUUACUGCCAGAGACAUGUACAGCAACAUCAUCCACGUGUUCUCACGCAUUUCAAAGGAAGAAGGUGUGAAGACGCUUUACAGAGGUUUCACUCCUGCUAUUUUAGGUGUCAUCCCAUACGCAGGAAUCACUUUCUUCACAUAUGAGACGCUGAAAAAGUUACACACAGAAAAGACAAAGAGAUCACAUCCGUAUCCUCAUGAGCGUCUGGCUUUUGGUGCGUGCGCGGGUCUGAUUGGACAGUCCGCUUCGUAUCCUCUGGACGUGGUGCGCAGGAGAAUGCAGACGGCUGGCGUGACCGGCUCGUCUUACAGCACAAUCCUGGGCACCAUGAGGGUGAUUGUAACCCAGGAAGGAGUUAUCAAAGGACUGUACAAAGGACUGAGCAUGAACUGGGUUAAAGGCCCUAUUGCCGUUGGGUUUAGUUUCACCACAUUUGAUAUCGCCCAAAGCUUUCUGCUCAAGUUGCAUCACAUGGGCGAUCUCACCCACUAGAGGAGCCGUGCGGAGCAGCAGAGCAGAGAGAAAUGGCAAAGAUGAAACCGCCAAGACGGAGUGGUGAGGUCUGGCACACGGCAAGAGUGAGUGUCUGCACUUGUUAAAAGGGGGCGUCCUGUUUACUUCAGGAACCAGCUGGAAGGAGAGGACUGCUUGAGACGCGGGGAGGACAUUUGUCAGACUCUUAAAAUAUGACCACAGUCAUGGGGUCUUACAAUGCUCCAUUAUAUGGUCACUACUUGCUUUCAUAUAACGGCUCCCGUCAUGGGGGCCUCAUGAUGUAACGCAGCUGGAUAUUCAGUUGUUGGUGAUGAGAAGAUGAGGAGUUGCUGCUGAUUUAUUACAGUCCAUGAUUAUUUAAUGGACCUACACUGUUGUUUUGUUCUAAUCCUUAAUCAACAGAGACUAACUUUCAAUCAGCAGUAUUAUUUUUUUGUCACUUUUUAAAAAAAAUUUUUUUUUUUGAAUUUUUGAUCUGUAUGCUUGUGCCUAUGUGAACAUAGAGAAUGAGUGACUGUGAGGGUGAUCAUGUCAGCAGGACUGCACGGCAUCAUUGUCUGCUGCGCAGCACUGAGCUAAUGAUGAGAGUAAUGUCUAAAGAGUGGAGGGUUAUCAACUAUCAUAAAUAUAUCUGUUGUUUGUAGAUACCAAAUUAAUUUUUAUACAGAGUUUUUAUUGCUGUGCAUUUUUGUCAUGGCUUAAAUGUAUUGUUGGGGCACAGUUAAUCUAAAACGUCUGAACUUACUGAAGCACUUAAUUCAAUAUUACAGUAUUAAAACAAUAAACUCCAUGUCAGUUCAAGAACAUGUUAGAAAUGUCGAAUAUCUCAAACAUGCACGUUUACAUUUCUGUCCUGCAUAACUGAUCAAAUGCAAUAAAAGUGUCCAUCCACAA